CAGGACAGUUUCUCCCUCCCCUGCCCCCUAACCACCCUCCCUGCAGGGAUAAUCUUAGGGAAGGCUCAUAGGAAAAGGCAGGAGAGGAGCAGCCCCUGGUGCAAACAUUGGGGGGACGGGGGAAGAGCUGAUGGAUGGGGUGGCAGAGGUAUUAAAAUAAAGGCUACCCCUAAUAGAAUAUGAACUUGCUGCCCCUGCAGAACAAGGCAGAGGCUUCAACCACAGGGCUGCACAAACUGUGCUAACAAGGCUUAAAUUAGAUACAGCGGAGUGGAGCAAACUGCCGUGAGGCCCAGCUUGGGCAGGUUCCUGGCAUGGAGCUCACCGGCCUUCAGGCUACAUAGGUGCCCCGUGCACCGCACCAUGUUGCUGCUGCUGCUCCUGUGCCCCGAGCUGCCCAGGGGUCAUAACCUAAAGCCAUCCUUGCCCCCCAUUGUGCCAGACCGGCCCUUUCUGGUGGCCUGGAAUGCGCCAACGGCUCGGUGCUGGACUUCCUAUGAGGUGCCCCUCAGCGUGGCCUCCUUCAGCCUCCUGGUGAACGCGCAGGAAGACUUCACAGGCGGCAACGUCACCAUCUUCUACUAUGACCAGCUGGGUCUGUACCCCUACUACCUGAACACCACCACGCCACCCGUGGCCGUCAAUGGCGGCUGUCCCCAGAACGCCAGCCUGCUGGACCACCUGGACAAGAUGGCCAGCGACAUCGCCGCCACCAUGCCCUCGGCCUCCUUCGCUGGCCUGUCCGUGAUCGACUGGGAGAACUGGAGGCCCCAGUGGAUCCGGAACUGGGACAAGAAGAACGUCUACCGGGCCAUGUCCGCCCAUCUGGUGAGGCAAAGGAACCCACGCUGGCCCGACGAGCAGGUGGAGCUGGAGGCUAAGUGGGAGUUCGAGACGGCUGCGGCCAGGUUCAUGGUGGAGACCCUCAAGCUGGCGCAGUUGCUGCGCCCCGGCGGCUGGUGGGGCUACUACCUCUUCCCUGAAUGCUACAACUACCACUACUGGGAUGACUUUGAGAACUUCACUGGGGGCUGCCCCCAGGUGGAGGUGCAGCGCAACAACAAGCUGCUGUGGCUGUGGGAGCAGAGCAAGGCGCUCUACCCCUCCAUCUACAUGGAGGAGGUACUGAGAGCCUCCCCGCAGGGCAAGAAGUUUGUGCAGGCCAAGCUAAGUGAAGCUCUACGUGUGGCUCAGCUGCCCUCUGCCAAUCACUCCCUGCCUGUCUUCGCGUACGCCCGGCCCUUCUACAGCUAUACCCUGAAGGAGCUAACCCAGACAGACCUGGUGUACACGAUCGGGCAGGCAGCAGCCAUGGGGGCUCACGGGAUUGUCCUCUGGGGAGGUGUGGAAUAUUCUCGCAACCAGCCCAACUGUGUAAAGAUCCAGAAAUACCUGACUGGCACCUUAGGCCCUUACAUCAUCAAUGUGACCACGGCAACCAAACUCUGCAGCCAGUUUGUCUGCAACAACCAUGGCCGCUGCCUUCGCAGGAAGAUGGAUUCGGACAGCUACCUGCACCUGGACGCGAGCUCCUUCCAGAUCCGAGUGGACACAGCCACCCACGGACCGCACGUGUCCGUGAAAGGAGCCCUCACCACCCAACAGAGGGACAGGAUGAAACAAGAGUUCACAUGUCACUGCUACCAGGGCUGGAGUGGGGAACACUGCCAUUCCCGGGGGCAGAGCAACCGGCUCUGGGCAUGGGACCUGUGCAUCCCUAUGGUGGUGAUGUCUGCAAUAUGGACGUGGGGCAUGUGACCCACUUUUGCAACAAAUUAUUUUCCAUGUGAAUUUGUGAAGCCUGUGAUGUGACGUGAACCCCGGAAAAAGGAAUGACAAGGAAGGAGGAAAAACAGCAGCAGGUUCUGUGCAUUGGCAAGAGAUCUGGAAAGUUUCCAGACAUUUGUGAAUCCCACCAGCUCCCAUGAUCCCUCCUUCCCCAAAGGGGGUGACACAGUGUGGAUUUUUCCCAGCAUUCUUCGCAAUAUUUGUAGGGUGCUAUCACAUUCCUCACUUAGUUCAGUGACUUUCUACCAGCACAGAAGCAGCUUUAAAAAUAUUUAUGGUGCAAAUUUUCCUGAAUCACAGCCAGACAAAGAACAGUUUUCUAUUGCUCCUUUUUAAAAUAUCACGCUGGUCAGGAUUAGCUGUUUACAAUAGAGUUACCAGUGGCCACACUCUUGCCUCUUCAAGAACCAUAAACAUAUUUAAAUACAUUCCUAUUUAUAUGCAGAGUGGACUUAUCCUACUCAGAUUGUUUUUAGGUGCCUUCCCAAUGUGACUGGUGCUAUUAACUCCUGGAUGUGUGUGUGGUGUAGCACUCCCUCUCUUUAAGAGUGUGGGCUGAUUUUUUUUAAAUUAAAUAUUUUCCAUGUGAAUACCACAUUUGUGGCGUACAAGCCUGGCCCCUGACUGCUCCACCUAGCCUGGAAGUGCAAGCUGCCCCAGGAAUGAUCUCCAGCCUAGCUUGGAGCAAUCCCCUUGGAGAUGGGCAGCGAAGCUGCUAACUGAAGAGGACUCCUGUCCACUAGGAAGCGCCAUGAGACUAGGGAGGAGACUUUUCAAGGGCAGUCAGCCACCCAACUCCCUUUGAAUUUACCUCCCUUAGGCACCUUUAAACAGCCCAGCCUAAACUCUCUUCCCACAGGAUACCUCCCCCUGAGCAAAGGCUGAAGUGGUUUGAGUCGUGGGAAUUCUUUACUCACCUAACCAGGAGAUUGCCUCUGACUCCAUUUUAGGUAGUCCCGCAUCAGAAGACGCUUAGGCCAUGUCUACGUUACUAAGUUCUGUAGGCUUAACUACGUCAGUCUGGGGUAUGAAAAAACCACUCCCCCCAGUCGACGUAGCUAUGCCAGUAAAACCCUCAGCCUGGACACAGCUACGCCACAGCAGAGAGCUGCUGCUGUUAUAGCUAAUGUCCUUCGGAGAGGUGGUGUUCUGACACUGGCAGAAAACCCCCUUCUCUUGCCAUCCAUUACAGCCACACGAGGGGCUCCUUUAGUAUAGCUAUGCCAGUAAAGCAUUUCCAGCAUAGACAAGGCCUCAGUUGCCCCCUGCCCCCAAACAAUAGCACUGCAAGACUUCCUUUCCCGUUGCAGACUGCCCCGGAGCUAUAUCACCCCUACGGAGAGUCAAUGAAAACAUUCCACAUAGUUAGCUACAGCUGACACAUUUACACCUUCUAUCACUCCAUGGCAUCAGGGUAUGCUCAACAUGGGCCAGUCCAGGAGACAUUAGGAAGCAUGAAGGGGGUCAGGGCAGAAGAUAUGAGAUCUCAGUUGCUCACCCAUGAGAUUGAGGCAUUU